GUGGUUUCUGAACUAUCCGCGAAACCACUCCGCCGGUCCGUACUGUCUCUUCAGUAUUGCGCAAAGUCUCCCCGGCAUAUCUUCCUUACCUACAUUUGGUCGCCCUGCUCUUCGUUUUCAACCUCUACCUUCUGCCUUCUGCCUUCUGCCUUCAUAUUUUCCCAUAGUCGAGCCAUUCGCUGAUAAACUUUUCAUAGCCUGCGAACCCGGCAACUAGCCCCGACGAAUUCGAACAGUGUUGGGAGAAACUCCGUCAGGCCCUGCGCGACAUACAUCUUCGUAACGCCGGUAACCUUUCCUUCGAGCAGCUUUAUCGAUAUUCUUACAAGAUCGUCCUCAAGAAGGCAGGCCAUAAGCUCUAUGAUAGGGUUAAAGAGUUUGAAGAACAAUGGUUUGCGGAUGAAGUGAUACCUCCUAUUCGGAGUCUUAUCACCAGCAACCUCAUCAGUGUCACGCUUGAAGAAGUCACCGGAUCGAGCGUGGUGGAACGCCGUGCUAAGGGCGAGAAGUUCUUGAAGGGGAUUAAGACUUCGUGGGAGAACCACAACUUUUCGAUGAAUAUGAUCGCCGAUGUCCUUAUGUACCUUGAGCGCGGUUAUGUUCAGGAUCAUAGCCGACCCUUAAUUUACACCACUACCAUUGGCUUGUUCCGGGAUCACAUCCUCCGAUCGACCAUCAAGCAGGAUGGGGCCGCCUAUACCAUAUUUGAUAUAUUGAAUGCCACCAUUAUUGACCAUAUCAACAUGGAAAGAGACGGCGACGUCAUUAAUAAGGCAUUGCUUCACAGCUGUAUUUCCAUGUUCGAGUCUCUCUUUGAAACUGACGAAGAAAACGACAACGAGCAGCUUUAUCUGACCGUCUUUGAGCCUAUCUAUCUCAGCAGCAGCCAGGCCUUCUACCAGGCCGAGUGCGAGAAACUUCUCCGCGAAGGGGAUGCCAGCGCAUGGCUUCAAUAUACGCAGAGACGUCUCGACGAAGAGGUCGAACGAUGCCACACGACCGUUUCCCCGUUAUCUUUAGGCAAGAUCACGCAAGUUGUUGAACAAGAACUAAUCGUUAAGCACACGGAUGAGUUCCUCGCUAUGGAGGGUAGUGGCGUGAAAGCAAUGCUUGAUAAUGACAGAGUUGACGAUCUUACCAAUCUCUAUCAGCUAAUAUCCCGCGUCGACCCCAGGAAGACCGUUUUGCGCAAGGCACUUUCUGCCCGAGUUAUCGAACUUGGUACCGAAAUAGAGCAGACGCUCAAGAACACCGAUUUCAGCAUAGCGCAGCAAGCUGAUGCUGAGGAGCCGGCUGACGGCGCGGAGAAGUCUAAGCCAAAGACCUUGAAUGCUGCGGCGCAGCAGACAGCAGCCGCCAUCAAGUGGGUUGAUGAUGUAUUGGUCCUUAAGGAUAAGUACGAUAACUACUGGAAAACCUGUUUUGAAGAGGACCUUAUCAUACAAACUACAUUAACUAAAAGCUUUUCCGACUUUAUAAACGCUUUUAGUCGAAGCUCCGAGUAUGUCUCCCUCUUCAUCGACGACAAUCUCAAACGGGGUAUCAAGGGCAAGACCGAAGCCGAGGUCGAUAUCGUCCUCGACAAGGCAAUAACUCUACUCCGAUAUCUUGGCGAGAAGGAUAAGUUUGAGCAAUAUUAUCAAAAGCAUCUAGCCCGUCGAUUAUUACACUCCAAAUCCGAAAGUCAAGAGGUCGAGCAAGAAAUGAUCUCGCGUAUGAAGCGAGAGCUGGGCAAUAAUUUUACGCAGAAAUUCGAGGGCAUGUUUAGAGAUAUGCGUACCUCGAAGGAGGAAACGGAACAUUAUCGCGAUCACAUCCGUGGCCUUGGCGAUGUAGAUGAGAAGCAUAUCGAUUUCAACAUCAGCGUUCUUGCCGGCAAUAACUGGCCCAGGGAGAUCAUGGGCCGCACAGGUCUCGCAGAAGGGUCUAAAGGAAAGAUCAUUUACCCACGAGAGAUCCAGACGCUCCAAGAUAGUUUUUUCAAAUUCUACAGUCUCAACCGAAAUGGCCGGGUGCUCACUUGGGUCGGAAGCGCCGGGAAUGCGGAUAUUAAGUGUGUUUUCCCAAGGAUCCCUGGCAAGACUUCUGGACCACUCAGCAAGGACCGUCGUUACGAGAUCAACGUGUCUACAUACGGCAUGGUAGUUCUCAUGCUUUUUAACGAUGUCGCCGAGGAUGAAUGGCUAUCGUUUGAGCGUAUCCAAGAGCAAACAAACAUCCCGCAAUCCGAUUUGAUCAACGUGUUAACAUCACUCUCCGUGAUAAAAGCAUACCGCAUUCUACUAAAAGAGCCGCAGACUAAAGCAGCAGCCAAACCCGGCGACAAAUUUACAUUCAAUCGCGAGUUUAUUAGCAAGGCAAUCAAAAUUAAGGUGCCUUCGGUAAACGCCGCUAACAGGGUGGAAAAUGAUGAAGAGCGUAAGGAGACCGACCAAAAGAACGAGGAGACGAGGAUGUACGUCACUGACGCUGCUAUCGUCCGUAUAAUGAAGCAACGCAAGGAACUUGGCCAUUCCCAGCUCAUUACAGAAGUUAUCCAGGUCCUGGCAAGUCGGUUCAAGCCAGAUGUACCGCUGAUCAAGCGCCGAAUAGAGGCGUUAAUAACUCGCGAGUAUCUUGAUCGAGCGGAAUUGCCUGAUGGCUCUCCAGCUUAUCAAUAUGUAGCCUAACUGCCUACCUACCUCACAUCUCUCCUCUAGAUAUUGAUGCUAUAGGCAUUUACAGCCUAUAGUCUUCUGGGUAAGAAAAUUUGCCUUAGGUACCUAACUACCAGGCGGACAAUCAGAAGACAACCGAGCAAAUGCGCGCAGCGACAUGUAUAUACUAUUCAUAAAUUGAGUAGGUGUGUUCUUCGGAUAGAAACUGCAUUUGGGUCCGGAGUUUCAUAGAACAUCAACAUUGUGGAUUAUGGAGAUAUUAGUCC